UGUCUAUGAUUGUAUAUAAAUCACGAUUAUAAAGAACAAAUUUAUAGUAUUAUUUAUAAGUUAUAACCACGAUUAAAGAUAAUAAAUAGUGCUAUAAAAAUUUCUUUAUUAUCUAUGUAUACAAUACACGUCCGUUGUCCAUUGCUUUGGGCCAAGGCUUAUAUUCUAUAUAGUAUAGGAGUCAGAGUUGUAAUCACGUUGAAGAAUGAAGAGAACUGAAAAAUGAGAAGAUAUUAUUAUUGCAACUAUAAGAUAAAUCCAUAGUCCGUGACCCGUUGUACCUAUCGAAGACAUUUAGUAUCUGCCUCUACCAUCCUCUCACCAAUUCACUACAAGUCCUGUAUAUAUUAGUCCGUGGUUAUCGACUAAUUGGGAUCCUAUAGAUAAACUAAAUUAUCAUAUCAUAGUCUAGUUUUCGUAUUGAGAUUAAUGGUUCAGCAUAAAACAUAGAUAAUAGUAAUUCAGUUUCAGGUAAAAACUAUUUUUUUAAAGCCACAUUUCCAAAAACAGCAGAAACCUCUAAAGUGCAGAAAGUAAAAAACUGAGCAAACUGGCUAUUACCCAUCAAAUUCAAAGUUCCACAUUCAAAGUCUACGUCUUGUCAUCUUGUCCAUUGUAGACUGCAGUUUCAAUAGUUUUGAGAAUUGUGUUCACUGAAAUGGAGUUAAACACCGUGUAUGAUAUAAAUAUAAUUAGUCAAAUUGACAAAGUCCGUGGAUUAUUUAUUGUUGUUGAACGAUUUAAUAAUGCUUCAACAGGAUAUUUUCAAUGCUAUUAUAAACAACUUUUAGAUUUUAAUAAUUGUAGUGAGUGGUUUGAAAAAUUUGACUAUCCUAUUAUUGAAACUGGAAAGGUAGUAAUCGUUCAAGUUGAUAAAAACCCUAUGGGUAACCUAUGGGCACGUGGUAUUAUAUCAAAAUGUCAUCAUAAUAAUUUAUGUCCUGAAAUUUAUUUAAUUGACUCUCAGAGAUUCAUUAACAAAGGCAGUAUGUUUGAAUUGAGGACAUGUCCACCCAAAUUUUUACAGCUUAUACUUCCAACCUACUAUAUUGAUAUAAAUCUUUGUUUGGAUGAUGAUGAUUUAAAAACAGCAAUUAAAAUCUUGAUAAAAAAAAACCAGUACGGUGAAUUAAAUUUCAGUUUUAUUCCUCAAUCCUUUGAAAAUAAUGUUUACUCUGGCAUAUUAAUUGUAAACCAUAAAGUUAAUAAUAUGUAUUUACCAUUAAAAAAAAUAUUAAAAAACUUCCACACAAAAAAAAUGUUUGAAGACAUUUCCCAGUACAAAAAUCAUCAAUAUCCAAUUUUCAAUCCAAUAGAAUUACAAUAUUUGAAAAAUAUUUUUUUGCCAAGAGAACCAAGUGAUAUGGUAUUUUUAGAAGAUAAUCUAGUUUCUAGUUGCUGUGACUUAAGUCUUCUUAAUGAUUCAAACUCAAAUUUGUCAUAUAAUUCUGCAAAUGAAUUUUCCUCAAACUCUAUUUAUUCUGAAAAUAUUUGCUUUAGCGAUGAUUUGGAAUUAGAAAUUAAAAAAUUAAAAAAUAGUUGUUGUACUCCAAUAGCAAAACAAAAAGUUUAUUCUUCUAAUAGUUCUUUGAUGAGUAAAAGCAGCUCUUCUUUACAAUCAAUAACUUCUUAUAAUAAUAAUUGCUCUAUGCCAGAAAUAAUACAAAAUACCGAUUUUAUUAUGACAAAAAUGUCCAAAUUGAAAGACUCUGGAAGUCAGCAGAAUAACAAGAAAACGUUAACCCUUAAAGAAUUAGAAAUACCUAAAAUACAAUUAAAAUCAAUAACCAACAUAAAAGUUAUGAAUACUACAAUGGCCGAUUCAGAUAUAUGGUGGUCUGAUGAUGACGAAAGUUAACAACUCCUUGAUUAUACUCUAUAAAUAAAAUGAAAUUAUUGUUUUUAUUAAUUUAAGUAUUUUCAUACUUUUUAACUAAACACAAAUAAUUACUAUAAAAUAAUUUUCAUUUUUGUAAUUUACUACAAAAAUUACCUCAUAAUUAACUAAUAUUUGUUUUGUAUUGAUAUUUUAUCUGUAAUAUUGUAAAUAAAUUGUAUAUUUUAUUA